AUGUCCCACAUCUUUGGCUGCAAGCAAACCCCGCCAACGCCUCCGACAACGAGCGAUGAGGAGAGCUCCGGGAGCACCAGCGAUGCGGAGAUGAAGAAGAAGAAAGGAAAUCGCGCCAUGGGCAAGAAGAAGUAUCCGAAAGCUGUCAAGUAUUACACGAAGGCGAUCAAAAUCGAUCCGGAGAACGCCACCUACCAUCUAAACCGGGCCAUUGCCAAUGCAGCGCUGGAGCUCUGGAAGGAUGCGGAGGCCGAUGCAGCGAAUGCGGUGGAGCUGCAAGAGGACCAACCAUCUUCCAAGGGCCACUUCCAGCUUGCCCGGGCGCGCUUCCGCCGUGGCCGCUGCCGGGAAGCCCGCGAGGCCCUGAAGAUGGGUUUGGCGCGGUUUCCAACCGAGCCCGCGCUGCUCAAGCUUGGGCGCGAAAUUGACGCCGCUGUGCAAGCUCUGGAGCAGCGGCGAGUGCAGGAGGAGGAAGCGGAGCAGCAACGCUUGCAACGCUCAGCAGGGCCGAGCGGGGCCAAGGCUCUCACCGACCAGGCCAGGGCGCUGGUGACGGCCGGCAACGUGGAAAGCGCGCUGCCCUUGCUUGCAGAGGCACGCUCUGCAGCUCGGGCUGCGGGUGCGAAACGUGAAGAGAUCAACGCAGCAUCCCUUCAGGGCAAGGUUGAGCUCCGCCUACGUCGGUGGGCGGAUGCCGUGUCCACCUGGGAGGUAGUAGUUGGCAUGGAGACGGAGGAGUUUUCCAUGGACGUGGCUGAGGAGCGUGAAGCGUUGUCCAACGCCCAGAACAACCUGGGCAUCGCGUUAAAAAAUGCACAAAGGUUGGACAAAGCUGGCACUGCCUUCAACGAAGCCUACCGUCUCUCGACGAAUGGUGAUGACAAAGUCGCCACCUACCAGGCCGCGCAGAUCUUGCAGAAUGCGUCGCAGUGCCUGUUGGCGCAGGGCAAGGCCCAGGAGGCGCGCAGCCUCAGUGCCCGCGCAUUGGAGAUUGCCCAGCGCAUCCUUGGCGAGAACCAUGCUUCUUUAGCUUUGGCGAACCUCGCCCUGGCACGAUGCUUGCGGGCAGAAGGCCAACUGAGACCGGCCGUGACCGCUUACGCCAAGACUCUGGAGAUCUUCGCGCAGAAGACCAGCGAGGAGUGUUUGGCAGAAAUACCAGAAGUGCCGAGUCGUGAGCGAUUAGAUCAGCUGCAGGGACAGGUCAAAGCUGAGUUGGCUCAGUUGCUCGCUAUAGCAGAGCAAGCGAAGGCCAACAUGGGUUCCGCAUCCGCGACCAGUGACGGUGCUGCAGCAACUGGCAGUGGGGGGUAUGUGGAGCACUCUCCUGCAGCGUAG